AGAAGAGUUCGUCUUAUUCAGACGGCCGUCUGCUAACACGAGGUUUUUGCUGGUUUUUGCGCCGGAGAAGUCAUGCUGAAGUUCCUGAGCUUUCCACGCAACUACCGUAGAAUGUCCUGACGUGCAGCCGCCUGGAUUACUCCGUGGUUCGCAUUACCGUUGUGCGCACGUUGGCCGAAUACGUGCUCACAGAUCGUGAGUUUUCUUGAGCAGUCGACGCGACGCAUAAACGAAUCGCGAUGCAACUUCAAGACGACUCGAAAAUUAGCAGCUCUCCUGAUGGCCUCCGGAGCGAGAUGUUUCGACCGGAGGACUAUCAAGAGAGCAGAAUUAUGGCGAACGAAACCGGCAUGGACCGUGUGAAGAUCAUGUUCGAUCUCAGUGCUGGCUUUGGACCGGAGCUAAUGCUGGUGCAGAAUGCGUCUAUAUUCAGUGGGGCCACUGGGGCCCUAGUCGGCGGAUGGAACUACGCCAGAACUGCCAGGGCAAACUACAUACGCAAGAACCAAGGAACUACUUUCCUCAACCCUAAACAGGCAACGAGGGAGCUCCAAGAUGCGAUGUUUUUAGAAUUUGUCAGGGGCGCCUGGAAACUUGGCUGGAGGAUGAUGGCCUUCUCAGCGAUCUACAUGACUGUUGCUGUGGCAGGAUUUACGUACAGGAAUAAGUUCGGCAUCUCUGAGCAUGUUGCCGCAGGAGCACUCGGGGGCUUUUUCUUCAAACUCAACAUGGGUGUUCGUGGCUCGCUUGUAGGUGCUGGGCUUGGAAGCUUACUUGGACUUGCGUCGGGAGCGACGCUGACCGUGGGCACCAAGGCUAUGGGGGUGACCGUGCCAGAAUUCAGGUACUGGCAGCAUGACUACUGGAUGCAGGAAUACAGUGAAAAGAAGGCCUUAUGGCUAAAGGAGAAAGCAGCAAGAGAGUUGAAGUCACCGUAAUUCAGUGCGGAAAGCUUCAAGCAGAAGACCUUGUAUAGUUUAGUUUUGAAAUGAUGUAUUAAACGAGAGUGGAAAUGUG